ACACGGCUGAGCGUCAUGGAAAGACAAGCCAGACAUUACAAAGAUUCGGCAGAGUCUGCGCAGUCUGCCCCGAGCACGGAUUUGCCACCAGUGGAGGCCAUUUGUAAGCAGUUGGAUGACAACCUCGCUGCAAGUGCUGCGCUGAAGGUCUACCUGCGCAUCAGGCCUCGAAUUGGGGGCCGUGCGUUCACAGACCCUGCAUUUCGGCCUCUCGAUGACAAAACUGUAGAGUCGACCACGGCUACUCUGGAACACAAACAUCAAAAGCGAUUUAGCUUUACAAAGGUGUUUCCCGAAGGCAGCUCCCAGGAGCAGCUGUUUCAAGAGGCAGUGCAGGAUCCUGUGGAUUCCUUCAUCAAUGGAGCCAAUGUGCUGCUCUUUGCAUAUGGCCCAACUAACGGAGGAAAGACCUACACCAUGCAAGGCCCACCCACACAACCAGGAAUUGUGCCUCGUACACUUGACAGGCUGUUCAAAGUGCUUGGACCUCAGGUGUGCAGGGGGGCACCAGUGCGCCCUGAUUGUUUCGACGACGCUGUCCUGCUCAGCGCAGAAGAGGAGGCCUCUGCACUCUUGCAGAAAAACAAGUUGCUGGGUGAGAAGGGAGCCCGCAGUGCUGCAGAUUUCAGCACCUUCCAUCUGCCUGCAAGUGAAAGUGAUAGAUCGCUCUUCGCAUCGUGCAGCAGUGACUCUAGCUAUGAUGACAAAGCACAGGCAUUGCUGUGGCUCUCGUUCUACGAAAUCUACAAUGAGGGCAUCUACGAUCUGCUCCUCCCGUCACUUGAGGCAGCAUCCAAGAAAAAUGGUGGCCAGCGGCGCAUUAUUCUGAAGCUCGGUGAAGACCGGGCCAAACGUUCGUUUGUACGGGGGCUCAUCGAAGUGCCUGUGCACUCGGCCGAUGAAGCGCAUCGUCUGCUGUGCCUGGCGCGCAACAACCAGAGCAUCGCCGAGACUCAGCUGAAUCGCAGCUCAAGCCGCAGCCAUUGUGUUUUCACUGUGCGGCUUGUCAGUUCCACUGUGGACAGUCGCAACGGCAGCCAGAACUGGCAUGUAAACACGUUGAUGCUCUGCGACCUGGCAGGUUCAGAGAGGCCGUCCAAAGCUGGCACCGACGGGUCACGCCUUCGGGAAGCUGGCCGCAUCAAUACCUCCCUCAUGGUUCUCAGCCGUUGCCUGGAGGGCCUACGUAACAACAAAGACUCUUCAAAGAAUGCUUGUGUGCCUUUCAGAGAAAGCAAGUUGACAAAGGUGAUGCAAGCCUACUUCACAACGGGUGGUCAAGUCUCUCUGAUUGUGAACAUCUGCCCGUCCAUGUCCAUGCUGGAGGAAUCACUGAAUGCGUUGAAGUUCUCAGCUGUUGCCAUUGAAGUUGUGCCGCAGCAGCUGGAACUGCGGCACACUCGUUGCAAAGAGGCUGUUCGUCGACUGAGCGAGCGCUGGAGCCGAGCGAGUGGGGCAUUUCGUGGCGUUGCAGUUUCGCCUAUUCCCGCGGAAGAUGCAGCAGCUGGAGGUUUGGAUGCAGAUGCGGCCGAGGAGCUGUUCGAGACCAUCGAGGCACAACAGCGUGACCUGGAUGCACUUGAACGCGAGCUGGACGACACCCGGCGCCAACUCGCCUGGUCGCAGAAGAUGGCUGCUGCAAACGAAGCGGAAGUUAACGACUACAAGGAGAUGGUGAAGGAAUUGGAGAAGUCGCUUCGCACGCAGCGCGACCGUUUUGACCAUGAGAUUGCUGUUCGUGUUCAGAACGCAUGCGAGAUCACUCGACUCGAGAUGCACCGCAAGGCUGAGCGGGGUUCGCCUAUGGAACUUCUUUCACGCCUUGAGGAAGCACAGUGCCAGAUUGCCAAUCUCAAUAAAGAGCUGACUGAGCAGGCCACUGCGCAGGAUGACUCGGUGGCUGAAGAUUGCAGACCUCGACCAAUAACAGCCUCGGUGGAAAUCCAGACUGAGGACGUCGUCAUUGGAAGUUCAACAUCCGCCGUGCUGCACGAGCAGGUUUUACUCUCCAAAGCGGAAAGUGAGCUGCAUAACCUUCGUAGCCGCCUUGAAGAGGCUCAAUCUCUCCUGAACAGUGAGCGGCAGGCUCGGAAGGAAGCUGAGGUUUCGGCCAAACAAGCCCUCGAGCAGCACGGCGACGUCCAACAAAGACUCUCUAUCCAAGAGGUUCAGCAACAGGUCUUAGAACAGCGUUUAGAAGAGCUGCAACAAGCUAAUGACGUCAUGCAGAAGAAUGCGGCCGAGUCUAGCUGCGAGCUCGAGCAAAUGCGCCAUGAUAUGCGGGAGCGUGAACUUGCUCUAGAUGUGCUUAGAGAGCAGCUCGACAAUAUGGCAGAGGCAUUGCGUGAGGCUGAGAACAAGGCCAGAGAAGAGGCCAAGCACAGAGUUUCUGCGGAAGAGCGUUGCAAGGCUGCUGUCGAGGAAGCUGUGGAGGUCCGCAGGUUAGCUUGCAACACAGAAGAGUCUCUGCACAGUGCAGAGUUGCGCCUAAAGGCAGCGCAUGAGGAGCUCCAGAUCUGCCAGGAGAAGCUUGUGGCAAGUGAGCACUCUCACCAAGCGGCCAUGGCUUCUGUUGAAGCGAAGGAGGAAGAAGUGAGCCGCCUGCAGCAGGCCUUGAAGUCUGUUGUUGCGGAGAGUGCGGCAGAGUCUCCCAAUGAGAACUGCCAGCACCGCACACGCCGCACAACGCGAACCACCCGGCGUACCACACGAGCCACGCGGUCAAAGGCAGAGUCGCUGGCACCAUCGGAGCUAUCUGAUGGUGAUGCCGACUUCAAACCUCCACGCCGCAACCCACGUCACACAAAGAAAUCUGUUGUGCCCCCGGAUGACCUUUUGGAGGAGCAGGAGGAGCACCGCUCUGUCCUCGCCGACGACAAUUCCGAAGCGUCGCCACUUAGACGCCUUGGCAACUUUGUAGCUGGCAUGCUGUCUAUGAGCACGAGUAAUGGAGUGGCCCCAAGCACACGAAAUCGACGCCAGCUGAUUUCCGUAGACUCUGACUUCGUUGAGCUACCAGAUCAACAGACGCCACCUGCUGCCCGGAGGACAACUUCGCGCAGAAAGGCCAAGGAGUGAUUCUGCUGUGCUGUUUUUUAAUAUUAAGUAAUAUUUAACUCGUAUCAUGAGGUGCAUGGUAAUAUACAUAUUUUAUAAUAUUGCUCCUUUUAAGUUUUGAUAAUAUACAUGUAUCUUACUAUACAUGUUCUUAAUAGCAUUACUUUUAGUCACUUUAAAUGAAACAUUGCGAUGUGUAUGUUAAUAUAGGCGAUAUUUCAUACUUGUAAGAUAACAAUCUUGCACAGUUUCCACAUUAGACGAACCCCGAUGGCGGUUUACCAUUUCACCCAGCCAUGAUGAUUUUAUCACAGAUGGUUCAUAUUGUACAGUAACUUUCAUUGUACUUUUAAACAUAGUUGAAAAACAUAUCACUUGAUAUUCACAACAUUCUUUUGCCACCAUUAUGAACCAGUUUCUCAGUGACAUUUACUGCAAGAAAAUGCAUGCCUGCAAACAAGUGUCAUAAAAAAUACAUGUCCUGGUGCUUUGCGAAAUUCUUGAUCAUUCUUGUUUGCUACUGGAGCAUUUCAAUACUCCAGCAGUUACAACUUUACAUAAGCAUGCAGGUGCACUAAUUAUGGCAACAUAAACUUGUUUCUUUUAGCUUCCCCUUUUUUUAUUUUGUUGACAUUUGCCACUUGCAAGACCUUUUGUGCGAGUGUUUUCAUGAGUGUUCUGCAACUGCCUGCGCAUGCUACCUGUAUCUCACAGUUGCACUAUUGCGAGCACAAGUACCUCCAGCGACUUUACGACAGCCAUUGCAUUGCGAUUAGCACUCCCACCUGUGCCACCGUUGUUGUUAAUGGUCUUCCUCUGUUCUUGUGUAUUUGAUAUGUUCCAGGAAGUUCUUACCGAAGAUUGCGUACACUAUUGUCAGUCACCCGGAACUUUUGCAAGUUCUAGCAACUUUGUGGACGAAACGUGCUGUUCUAAGCCCAUGAGAUUCCAUGUCUUAAGCUUGAAUAAAGCAUGUGAACCUUUUUCUGCGAUACAAUAGUACAUUUAUUGUGACGAAACGUUGCGCCUUCAGUGUUUCAAUAGCGACUCCUCAGCAAAGGUGUAUGCUGAGAACAGGAAGUGCUUGAGCUAGAGAUGAACAUUUAAUCUUGCCAGGUGGCCAAGCAAGACGAAUUAAAUUUUUUUUCUUUGUGGUUUUUCUGGCAUGGUGCCUCCAAACACAAAACUAAUAAGUGGAAGGAGAUUGCAUGGCAGAAACCAAAGGCAUAGGAUGUUAUCUGAAGUACUUAAGGUGUUGGUCUCAUUUCAGUAGCAUGCACUCUGCAUCCUAUUGCAAAGCAAAGUUUGCAUUCUGCAUUUUCCUAUGACACCUUGCAUUAUCAUCUAGGCCGAAGCGUUACCUGAUGGCGAUGAAAACGGUGUGUGCAAAAAACGGCAUCUUCGCCGUACUGCAUGUAAAACAUAACUCUACUGUGUAAUGGAAAUGAAUUUGCUGUGCCUUUAAAGGUGUUUAUGAACUGGUAUUGCGUAAAAAGCUCUUUGAAAUUUUAUAUAGGCUGCAAUGAAAUUAGACAGAAUAAAAGGUGCUGAAUGUUUUUCCUAUUGCAGAACAGUAUUUGGAAUGUUUUUUUGUCUACAGUGAACUUAUGGUCUACAUGAAAGCCUUUUGCAUUUUUAUUAACAGUUAUUGAGUUAGGGUGUUACUUCAAUUCAGUAAUUUCUGCAUAUACUUGCUCACACAUUACUGGUGGAGAGAUGAAACUAUUCAAGCUGGAGCUCUAACAUCUUCAUAAAAUUGAGAGAAGGUUUUGCUGCUUCACUAUUGAAGAUAAAUUUGUCUUAUGUUUAUUAGUGAAUGUGCGGGUGCUUUUUGGUGGGGGCACCAUUAAAGAAAAUCGCUGUUUUGUGUUGGUUCCGGCAAUCAUUGCCUCUGGUGCCACUAAACAUAAUAGAAUGAAAGAAAUGGAUUAGCAGUGCACGCAACAGCUUAAUGUUUUUCGUGAACCUCGCAUUCAUGCUGUCAGGUCGUGCUGCCUUACCAAUGUUUAGACUUCAGCAUUAAGCGCUUCAUUAAAAAAAUUUUUUUUGAUAUUUUGAUUUUUAUUGUCUACA